AGUGGCAGAUGAUGAUGAUGAUGAUGAGGAUGAUGAGGAUGAUGAUGGCGGCGGUGUUUCUCCUGUGCGGCGACUUUAACAGCUGAACGCGGAAGAGGAGGAGAAUUUAGAGCUGACGAGUUUUUAUUUGAAUAAUAAUAUUUAUUUAAAUCAGACGGAGAGGUGAGUUUACACCGACUGACGACUUGCAGGUGAAAACGAGACGCAGGAAUCUUCGCUCCACGUUCACGCCGAUGAACAGAGAAAUGAAUAACUCGUCCAUGAGCUCUCCUCUGAGCUUUUAAAGACGUCCUUUAAAUAAAAACAUGUCUGAGUGUGUCAGGGGCUGAGCAGAUCGAUGAGUAGAUGAUCAGGUUAAUAAGAUCUCGGAUCUCACAGCGUGACUGGACGGAGGACGGAGAGAUGUCCAGGUGACGCUGAUUGUUUCUCCUGAUCAGUGUAGUUUAAUGAGUCGAGACUCGGGACAGUCCACACUGCCACACCAGUCACACGCCGACUUUCUGUAACCGUCCUGUUAGCCGCGAGAGCAUGGCGGAGCCCGCGUCGGACCCCGACGGAGUCGUGCGUGAAGAGAAAGAGACGAGCGAAAAUAACAAAACGAGCAGCCGAAGAGACGACGACAACGGAAAGACGUCCACCGAGACGCCACCGUCUCACACAAGCACAACCUGCUCGGACAGCGAGGACGCCAGCGCCGUGAGCAGCAGGAGCCUUUCCGAGAGGGAGGAUUCGGAGAUCACGUCGUCCGUGAGCAGCGCCGUGGACGAGACGCCGUCUCUGUCCACGCUGAACGGCGUGUCCGCGUCCACGGAUGAACCUCAGACGUCUGUGAGGUCGGCGCUGGACGGCGAGGAUGAGGCGGAGGCGGAUCGGGCGCCGUCGUGGAGCGACGAUGUGAUGAGUGUAGAGGCGGGACAGGCUGCAGGGUCGACGCCUCCUUCAGUACCGCCUUCAGUACCGCCUUCAGGACCAUCAUCUGCCCCGCCCUCAGUACAGGAGCAUUACUACGUCAAGUGGAUCACAUGGAAAGGGGAAAAGACCCCCAUCAUCACGCAGAGCGAAAACGGCCCCUGCCCCCUGCUGGCCAUCAUGAACAUCCUCUUCCUCAGGUGGAAGGCGAAGUUACCCGCCCAGACUGAGGUCAUCACCAUCGAAGAGCUCAUGGCUCACCUCGGUGAGUGUGUGCUGUCCAUUCAGCCGAGAGAGAAGGCCGAGGGCAUGGAGCUCAAUUUUCAGCAGAACAUGAGUGAUGCCAUGGCCGUGCUGCCGAAGUUAUCGACGGGUCUGGACGUGAACGUGCGCUUUACGGGCGUGACGGAUUUCGAGUACACGCCCGAGUGCAUCGUGUUCGAUUUACUCAACAUUCCGCUGUAUCACGGCUGGCUGGUGGAUCCACAGAGCCCAGAGAUGGCGUCUGCGGUGGGGAAGCUGAGCUACAACCAGCUGGUGGAGAAGAUCAUCAUCUACAAACACUCAUCAGACAGCAGCCGAGUGAGCGAAGGUCUGAUAGCGGAGCAGUUUUUGGAGUCGACGGCCACCCAGCUGUCGUAUCACGGUCUGUGUGAGCUCAACACCACCGCCAAGGAGGGAGAGCUGUGUGUGUUCUUCAGGAACAACCACUUCAGCACCAUGAUCAAGCACAAGGGUCACCUGUACCUGCUGGUGACGGAUCAGGGCUUCCUGCAGGAAGACACUGUGGUGUGGGAGAGUCUCCAUAACGUGGAAGGAGACGGGAAUUUCUGUGACUCGGAAUUCCGACUGUGCCAUCCCUCCCAGAAGAGCGCGAGCAGGCCGACGGCGCAGCAGCAGCAGAUGCAGAUCGAUCAGGACUACCUGGUGGCCAUGUCUCUGCAGCAGAGUCAGGGUGAAGCUCCUGGACCUCUGAGUGAUCUGGAGUUAGCGAGACAGUUACAGCAGGAAGAAUAUCAACAACCUCAACAACCUCCACACACCUCCGGUGAACAGACGAGAGGACAGGCGUCUCAUCACGGAGGACGGAGACGGCAGGGCGAGAAGAAGAACGACUCGGACUGUUGCAUCCUAUAAGUUAGGAAAACACACACACACACACACACACACACACAAAAACGUUUAUAUGCAACUGUACCAGAAGACGCCGAUGCCACGAAUGAGUCUGAAAACGUCCGUGUCAUUUUAUCUCCAGGGAAUGUUUUGUUGAAAAAUUAAAUGUCCACAAGUGUAGAAGAUCAGCCGAGACAUGAGAGUGUAUGUGUGUGUGUGUGAGAGAGAGAGAGAGACAUCUGCUUCUUUAGCUUUGCACUGGAGCUACCAUGCUAAUGUAGCUAACAUGUUGUGGAAGUCUGUCUCACCUCUGUUAAAGGUCCAGUAGCCAAAAUGAAGUGUAUCUGAGCUCUAAAUGUCUCGUUAAACAACCGCAGUGACAAACAUCCAAUUAUUUUAUAACAGUCGAUUAAAUAUUGCCAUAACUCUACAGUGUCAUGUUUUAUGUUUUACACUGAACUGCAAAGAGAGAUGUAGCGAAGCAAAAAUAAAAUGCACAACAUUCAGAUUCGGUCCAGUUACGCGUACAGUACUGUGCAAAAGUCUUGGCACCCUUUUGUAAAAUACAAAGUGUAAUAGAUUUGUGUUUUAUGACUUCUACAUUAUCGAGUCAUUAUAGUUUUCCAGCACAAAAUGAAAUGUUCCAGAAAAAUGUUUGUAUGUCAGUAAAGAAAGCAGCAGAUUCCAUAAGAGACACUUUUCAGAUAAAAACAUAAUGAAGGCUGCUGGGUUUCGCUGCAGAAAUAAGAAGCGAGUCGACAGUCAAAGUCUCCAGAAGAACUGUGGCUGCUUCUGCAAGAUGCUCAGUAACACUUCCAGCUCAUUUCCUUAUAAAACUGCACACACUGCUCCUACAGCAUUUCUUUGCAUGUGCCUAAGACUUUUGCACCAGAACUGUAAUAUGAUUCAGAUUUGGUUCAGUUACACACAUUAUGAUUUGGAUUUAAUUCAAUUCAGUUACUGAAUCCAGUUCAUAAAAUUCAGUUCACUUACAUGCACCAUGAUUCAGAUUCGGUUCAGAUACAUGCACUGUGAUUCGGAUUUCAUGCAGGUACACACCCCACGAUUCAGAUUCAGUUCCUUUACACACACACACACACACACACACACACACACGCACAAGAUUCAGAUUUGGUUCAGUUGCACAUACUAUGAUUCAGAUUUAGUUCUGUUUAAAGGAACAUGCACUGUGAUUCAGAUUUGAUUCAGUUUGGAUUCAUUUCAGUUACUCACCCCAAGAUUCGGACUCCUUUCAGAUUGGGUUCAGAUACGUACUCCGUGAUUCAGAUUGGGUUCAGAUACGUACUCCGUGAUUCAGAUUGGGUUCAGAUACGUACAUCACGAUUCAGAUUGGGUUCAGAUACGUACUCCGUGAUUCAGAUUGGGUUCAGAUACGUACUCCGUGAUUCAGAUUGGGUUCAGAUACGUACUCCAUGAUUCAGAUUGGGUUCAGAUACGUACUCCGUGAUUCAGAUUGGGUUCAGAUACGUACUCCGUGAUUCAGAUUGGGUUCAGAUACGUACUCCGUGAUUCAGAUUGGGUUCAGAUACGUACUCCGUGAUUCAGAUUGGGUUCAGAUACGUACUCCGUGAUUCAGAUUGGGUUCAGAUACGUACUCCGUGAUUCAGAUUGGGUUCAGAUACGUACUCCGUGAUUCAGAUUGGGUUCAGAUACGUACAUCACGAUUCAGAUUGGGUUCAGAUACGUACUCCGUGAUUCAGAUUGGGUUCAGAUACGUACUCCGUGAUUCAGAUUGGGUUCAGAUAUGUACUCCGUGAUUCAGAUUGGGUUCAGAUAUGUACACUGCGAUUCAGAUUGGAUUCAGAUACGUACACUGCGAUUCAGAUUGGAUUCAGAUACGUACACCGCGAUUCAGAUUGGAUUCAGAUAUGUACACUGCGAUUCAGAUUGGGUUCAGAUAUGUACACUGCGAUUCAGAUUGGGUUCAGAUACGUACACCGCGAUUCAGAUGGGGUUUGAUUUAAUGUGUUAUGAAUUGUAUUCAGUCUGAUCAAAUAAGAUAUGAUUUGUCUUAAAAGAGCUACAUUUUCAUGUGUUUAGAGGAUUUCAGAAAGUGAUUUAUAAAAUGACCUGAAUGUUAAGAACACAAGCGAGUGAACAUGUGAAACGACGCUAAAUUAAAUUUCUCCCAAUAUGAUGCAGUAGGAGUAAAGCUAACGAUGCUACUGAUGCUAAUGAAGGGCUUUCUGUCAAACCUUGUUGUGAUUCUGAGUCUUAAUCAUUUAUCUGCUUUGUAUUUAAUUUGUUAAGAGUAUAUUAUUACAGUAAAUGAAAUUAAAACACUGUCGGAUCAGCGGCGUCUUUGUCACUGUGUAAAUAAAAAACUUUAUGAUUAUUAUUAAAGCUUUUAAUGAAUAAAAUGGUUUUAAAACUGUCA